AUGUCUGACUUCGGCCGCAAAGAUUUCUCCGACAAGGUCGGCGAGAAGUUCACUCCUGACUCCACCAAGUCCACCGGCGAGAAGUUCAAGGAGGGCGUCACCGGCACCAGCGACAAGGCCGCUCGCGGUGCCCAACCCGACAGCAGCAAGUCGCACACCCAGGAGGCCACCGACAAGUUCGGCCGCAGCAAGGACGAGCACGUCCACGGCGGCACCCACCAGUCCGUUGCCGACAAGACCAAGCACGCCCUCGGCAUGGACAAGAAAUAG